AUGACAAAAAAAUGUAUUAAUGUAUGUGUUACAACAUAUAAUGCCAAAAUUGAAUUUGUUAUUCAAUUAUCAAUAACAGGAAGACAAUUAUUUGAACAGGUUGCCAAAACAAUUGGUCUUCGUGAAGUAUGGUUUUUUGGUUUAGAAUAUAUUGAUAACAAUGGUUUUCCAGAAUGGUUAAGAUUAAAUAAAAAAAUUAAAGCACAAAAUAUUAAGAAAGAAUUUACUUUAAAUUUUAAUCUUAAAGCUAAAUUUUUUCCUGAAGAUAUUGAUGGAGAGUUAAUUCAAGACGAUACAAUAAAAUUUUUUUAUUGUCAAGUUAAAGAAGAAAUACUUAAUGGUGACAUUUAUUGUUCUCCUGAGUCAUCUGUACUUCUUGCUUCAUAUAUGUUACAGGCACAAUAUGGAAAUUUUUCUGGUAUUAAUGAUAAUUCAAAUGUUUUAGCUAAUCAAAAUUUAUUACCACAAUGUGUUCUUAGUCAAUUUAAAUUAAAUACUGAUGAUUGGAUAAAAUAUAUUAAAAAUUUGUGGAUUGAUCAUUAUGGUAUGAGUAAAAUAAAAGCAAUGAAAGAGUAUUUAAAACUUGCUCAAGACUUAGAGAUGUAUGGUGUUAACUAUUUUGAAAUAAAAAAUAAGAAGGGAUCUGAAUUGUAUCUUGGUGUUGAUUGUCGUGGUUUGAAUAUUUAUAAAGAAUCUGACAUGUUGUCACCAUGUAUCGGUUUUACAUGGUCAGAAAUAAAAAAUAUUUCAUUUAAUGAUAAAAAAUUUAUAAUUAAACCAAUUGAUAAAAAAGCAACAGAUUUGAUAUUUUAUGUUUCUCGUAUUAAAAUCAACAAAAAAAUUUUAUCUUUAUGUAUGGGAAAUCAUGAAUUAUAUAUUAGAAGAAGAAAAUCUGAUACAAUUGAAAUUCAACAAAUGAAAAGUCAAGCUAUAUAUAAAAAAAAAUUAAGAAUGUUAGGUUAUAAUAAACUAUCUAAAGAGACUGCCGCUAGAGUUUAUGCUGAGCAAAAACAACGUGAAGCCAAAAAUAAAAUAAAAAUUAUGACUAAUAUUGUAAAUAAAACAAAAGAAGAGUUAAAUAUUAUGUAUGAAAAGUAUAGGCAAUUACAAAUAAAGUAUGAUGAAUUAAAUAAAACCAAAGAGUUACUUACAAGAAAUAAGAAUGAAGUUGAAAAAUUAAAUGAACAAUUAUUAGCUCAAAAACAGGCAAACGAAAAAGAUAAAAAAAUGGCACUACGUGAAGGUCAUUUACAAGUAAAAAAAAUUAAUAAGAAAGUUAAAACAAAAUUGUCAGAUACACAUUCUUAUAAUAAGGACUUUGAUGUCAUUGAUGAAAUAACCAUGGAUUCUGAACCAAUUUUUAAUGAAAUUGAUGAAGAAAGUUAUAGUAAGGAUAUUGAAUUAAUUACAAAAGCAAGUGUAAACAUAUUUUAUAAUAUCAAUAAAUUAGAUAGUGAAAUUAGUUCUUCUGUUAACAAGAAAUUAGCUUUAUUAACACAAGCCCUAGAGCCAUUUAAAGAUAAAGCAAAUAUGUCCAAGUUUGAUUUACUUCAUGAAGUGAAUAAGAAAGAAGGGAAAAAUAAAUAUAGAACAUUAAGGCAAAUUCGUAUAGGAAAUACAAAGCGAAGAAUUGAUCAAUACGAAAAUAUGUGA